GGCGCGCGCGGGGAAUGGAACGUUCCCCGGGAAUCGAAGGGUCACGAGACCCGGCGGGCGGCUUUGCCCUCUGCAAGGCUCGGCUGCAGCCGCCCGGCCAGUGUGCCUCCUUGCAAGCGGCAUGGCAGCUGCAGCGGGGAAGGCCCUCUCGCCCCCCUAUCCGCACCAGGGACCCGUCGGCGAAAGCGGCUUGGGCAGAGUCAGCUUCCUGGGGGCUCGGCUGCCGCCAGAGGUGGAAGCGAUGGCUAGGAGCUUGCGGGAGCUGGACAAGGAGACCUUCCGGAAACUCCUCAAAGUCGCCGUCAGUGCGCUGGAAGGAAGAGACUGCAGAGAGGCCGUCCGGGCGAUUGCCGAGAGCGCCAGCCUGCCGGACGCACAGCUCGCCGUCCUCGUCUCGGGCAUGUAUCUGCUGCUCCGAGAGGCCUUGAGGCUUCCCACGGCUUCUCUGAAGCAAGAAGUUUUCAAAGAAGAUCUAAAAGAGCUUAGGAGCCAAUCAAAAAAUUUAGGAGCCAGGCAAUGGACACUUGACAAAAUUACCAGACUUAGUGAUGGACGUUGUAGAAGGAUUCCUGAAGAUUUUAUCGUGGACUUUGCCACCGUGGCCUUUGGAAAUAGACGGCCUGUUCUUGAAGCCACCAUUCAGCAGCGGGCCAAUAAACUGCCAAGAAUUGAAGAUUUCAAGUGGAGAGUGGAUGUGGCCAUUUCCACCAGCUCAUUGGCCCGUGCCUUGCAACCAUCCAUCCUAAUGCAGAUGAAACUCUCAGAUGGGACGGCUCAUCGCCUUGAAGUGCCAGCUGCAAAAUUUCAAGAACUGAGAUAUAAUGUUGCCCUGAUCCUGAAGGAGAUGAAUGACCUGGAGAAAAGGAGCGUCUUGAAGAUCCAGGACUGAAUACUUUCUGAUAAAUGUAUUUAGAGCUCCCAAAAAGGAACCUCCUGUUUUGUAAUUGCUUGCACUGUAAUAUGGCCUUUCAGAUACUUCCUGUAAAUAUUUCUCAGUUCAUGUCUGAAAGCUGCUGUUGGAAGUGUGUAUGUGUUUACCCGAGUUUGUUUGUAUAAAUUUAAAGUGGCAUUA